CGCUCAGCGUGGAUCUGGCCGCGCGAGCUGACCAGUGAUCCGGAGACUGCCCCGAAGGGAGCGUAAGCUGCAUUCCCGGAGGGGCGGGCGGUACGGGAGCCGCUUCCGGGUGAGCCGCCCCGCCCCCACGUGGGCUUGCGCUUUUAGAGCGGGAGAGCGCGGUGUCCAGAGCCCGGCUCGGAGCGGCGGCGAGCAGCGUCCUUGAGCUGAGGCUGCAGCAGACACCCAGGAGCCGCCACUCCAUCCAGCAGACUUCUCUGUGUUCCACUGCCCCGACCAUGCACCACCAGUCUGUUCUGCACAGCGGCUACUUUCACCCACUGCUUCGGAGCUGGCAGACUGCUGCCUCCACCGUCAGUGCCUCCAACCUCAUCUAUCCCAUCUUUGUCACGGAUGUUCCUGAUGAUGUCCAGCCUAUCGCCAGCCUCCCAGGAGUGGCCAGGUAUGGCGUAAACCAGCUAGAAGAGAUGCUGAGACCUCUGGUGGAAGCUGGCCUGCGCUGUGUCCUGAUCUUUGGCGUCCCCAGCAGAGUUCCCAAGGAUGAACAGGGCUCUGCAGCUGACUCUGAGGACUCCCCAACUAUUGAGGCUGUCCGUCUGCUGAGGAAGACCUUCCCUUCCCUCCUAGUGGCCUGUGACGUCUGCUUGUGCCCCUACACCUCCCAUGGCCACUGUGGCCUCCUGAGUGAAAAUGGAGCAUUCCUAGCAGAGGAGAGCCGACAGCGGUUGGCAGAGGUGGCACUGGCCUAUGCCAAGGCAGGCUGUCAGGUUGUAGCUCCGUCAGACAUGAUGGACGGACGAGUUGAGGCCAUCAAGGCUGCCCUGCUAAAACAUGGACUUGGCAACAGGGUCUCUGUGAUGAGCUAUAGUGCCAAAUUUGCCUCCUGUUUCUACGGUCCUUUCCGGGAUGCAGCUCAGUCAAGCCCAGCUUUUGGAGACCGACGCUGUUAUCAGCUGCCUCCUGGUGCCCGUGGCCUGGCCCUCCGAGCAGUGGCCCGAGACAUUCAAGAAGGAGCUGACAUGCUCAUGGUGAAGCCGGGAUUGCCCUACCUGGACAUGGUGCGAGAGGUGAAGGACAAGCACCCCGAGCUCCCCCUCGCAGUAUACCAGGUGUCUGGAGAGUUUGCCAUGUUGUGGCACGGAGCCCAGGCCGGGGCCUUUGAUCUCAGGACUGCUGUACUGGAGACCAUGACGGCCUUCCGCAGAGCCGGUGCCGACAUCAUCAUCACCUACUUUGCACCGCAGCUGUUGAAGUGGCUGAAGGAAGAAUGAAGAAAAAGUGUCGGACUUGAUCUUGACCAAGCUCCCUGGGCCUUACAGAAGGGGGAAAGUAAAUGCGCUGUUAGAACUGUGCCCUGUGCCCUCUUCCUGCCCACGCUGCUGGCAGGGUGCAGCGCCCUGGGUGGUUUGCCAGCAUGCUAAACUCCCACUCACAGCUGCAGCCUACCAGGCCCUCCAAGUUUCCCACUCUGGCUCAGCCCAGAGACCCUCCUCCCUGCUCUGCUGAGGUGUGGCCUUAGCUUGGCAGAACCCAAGAGCCUCAGGCACCGGCUUGGAGCUUUGGGACAAGAGGAGAGCAGUUGGAGCUUGAAACCUAAAGAGUUAUUCAUUAAUGAGGAUCAAACCCCAGAAGCAGCAGGGAUUCCUGGCCACAGGAGAUGCCAGCAUCAGAAAGUCUGUCUGCACAAGUCAGUUCCUGAGAACCUCUGCCCAGGGCAGAUGGACACAGCAGGAUGCACAGCAGCAUACGUCUCUGUAGGAUGUAUGCAGAGAAAGGGGAGCGUAACAAAGCAGGUGAAUCGAUACUUGCUAAGAAGGGGAAGUCCAAGACAGCUGUCCCUGAGUUGAAACCUUAAAGGGACAAAGAGGACCAGCAGACGUGCUCAGAGACCCCUUUGGUAGGAGGAGCUUGGCAGGGCUAGAGGGCAGGCGACGAAGAGGAACGUGGAUAACAGAGGGGAGGUUGGAAUAGUUCGUUCCCCGACUUAGCAGGGACCUAAAGUUUUGUUUUGCAUCUGUGGGACAGCCAUCUUAAAGAUUUGGGCGUUUGGUUUAGUUUUCUCCACUAAGUAUCCCUGGCCUCACCCACCUAGGCAAGCACUCUGCCACUGAACUGUACCUAUAGCCUUCAAGGCACGUUCUGGAGACCAGACUAGAUGUGUUGCGGGAGGUAGAUAAGGGAACAAGAGAGAGUGAGGUUGUCUUUGUGGGUUUCUGAAGUUGCCCAGCUGGUUUUAGUUCAUUCAUCUGACAUGACACCCGUACUGCGGCUAAUGAAGGUUAGGGCCAGUUUGCAGGCACACCUGACUUUAGAGGUGGAGGCCCUACUCUAGCUCUGACUCUAACGCGAUGUCAUUCUUAAGGUGCAGAAUUAGUUAGAGUUAAUAACUGGCAACUCCUGCAAUCAGACUGGUCCAAUACUUGGUGGCUUUCUUUUAAAGCUGUGAAUAACUCAAGAGCUGAUCUUCCUACUUCUCAGCCUUCUGGAAGGUAGCCACCAAAAUCAAAUCAGCCCUAAACUGUCUCUUUCUUGGAUCCUGAGCAUAGAUUUACCAUCUAGAACCCAGAUCACUAAUUUAAAACCUGCUAUCAUCAGGCCAGGGGUAUACCAGACUAGACUUGUACUAUCUUGGCUGUUAUACAGCCUCUGAGCUCUGUGGUUAAAAUGGUUCGUGUGUUAGGGAAGCCAUCACCAAGCUGUUAAGAGAGCCAGGAGACAUGCUACCCUGCAUGUGCCAAGGCCCUAAUGUGUCCAGGCCCAAUGGCAAAUGGGAAGGUCACCAGGUCCCGACCUUUGAAGGAUCAGAAAACAGUCCCCUGAAGGACUGAUGUUUGGAUGAACAGCUAAAGCUGAGACAUAAUUGACCAAGAGCCUUCCAGGGAAAGAACCAUUGUGCAAAGUUCCUGGAGCCGAAGUGGAGCUGGAUGAGCACGGGGCUGGUGUGGCCCGCACACCAGGAAGAAUACAGGAACAGGUGGCCUGGACAUCUCAGUCUAAGCCGUACAGGGGCUUCGAUGCCACACUCCUCCACCUUUAUCCCAAGAUCAAAGGGCACCUCAAGGAUGCCAGCAGGGGAAUGACCAUGUUGUGGGUUUUCACUUAGUAACACCAUGGCAUUAUGCAGAUGAGAUGUUUGAAUUCCAUGGUGACCAUAGGGAUGCAAAAAAGGAGAUUAUUUAGAGUAUAGUUUAGACCUGCUUCUCUGAAUGGCAAGUGGCCUGACCAUUUAAUGGAGAAAGCAGACUCAAGGUAGAACCCUAAGUUUAGCUUGAGUCCUUGGCAAUGAGAAAGGCACCCCCCACUAAGGCUACUCACAUUUUCGGCAGAACUGGGUUAAAGGUUAAAAGGAAAACCAGAUGUAACAUUCUGACCCAGCUCCAAAGCCCCGACCCUUAACCACUCAUGACACCUCCCAGUAAGGGACAGUGAGAAAGAUGGCUGGCCUCUGCUGUGUGACUAACUGGUAUGGGAGGAGGACCUUGGAGCCCAUUUUCCCCUGGAGCUGGGUCUUGUCACCUGAAGUGUCCACUUGGUGGCAGCCACCUACAUCUUUGCAAACAAAGCAGGCACAGACAGACAUGGCUUACACCUAAGGGCUUCCUGCACAGAAGGGCUUCCUGGACUUCAAGACUAACCUAAGCUGCAGAAUAAGAUCCUUCUUUAAAAUCGGGAAGAGACUUGAGAGUCAUCUGAAAGGGUUGUAACUGACCUGUGCCACAUCCAUAGAGAACUAGAUUUUCAGUCUGGCAAGGAUAUUAUCAGCCUCCCAGAUACCUGGCAGUGGGUGUCCAGGGACUUGAUGAGACUUGGUUUUCUCAUUCCCCUCUCAAAUGUGCCAGUUUAGGCUGUAGUUUCACCCUUUGGCAGGCAUCAUAAUCAGCCAUUUAACUCCUUAAGAGUGGAGAACACCCAGUUUCCAGCUAGCCAUCCCAUAUAGACUGCCAGUCUAGCACAGGAAGGGCCUAGUGAUUUGUGGCAGUCUUGAGUCUGGGUACUCUUGGUUGCAGGGACUGAAACUCAGGUCAAUAGAAAAAGAAACUGAACUGGUUCGCAUGCCUAAAUCUUGGUAAUGUCAAUUAUGUGUGUCCCCAAGUCAAAGGCUUUGAUCUUUUGGCCUUGGGGAGACUUUAUUGUUGGAUAAGCCUUCCCAGCCAACAACUUGAUCCCUCACUGAAAUAACCCCUAAGAUUUGUAAUCCCAGAGAAAGACCCAUUCUGUCCUGUCCCUGCCAUAACAACUCUGGAGAUCUGUGAUUGUUCUGCGUAGGUCACAUGUCUGCCAAUUGGCUCACUCAGUAUGAACUGGACAGGGAUGGGUGACAUGGUUGACCUGCCCCCCCAUUACAUAAAAGGCUGACAAGGCCUUGGCUCUGGUACCAAAUGGUCCUCUGCCUGGAAUGCCUUCUCUCUAAAUCCAUGUGUCUCCUUUUAUGUUCGGACCUCAGCUGACCUGUCACUUCCUCAAACCUGAUCCAGCAAUCUCUCUAAACUCACCCUCUGUAUUCGGAUUAGUGAAUACAACAAGUCAAAAUAACAGUAGUUUUAAAGGUUUUCUUCUUGGGGCUGCUGAGAUGACUCGGCAAGUGUGUUUGCUGUACAAGGCUGACCUGAACUCAACCCCUGGAACCCACUGUGGGAACAGUGGUCAAGUCCAAAACUUGACUCCUGACCACCACAUGCCCACUCUGGUACUCAUGUAUAUAUUGUUUACUUCUCUAAACAACCUGGGGCUGUGUUGCCAACUUGUGCAAACAGGGGAUUGGUCUUAGCUUGUGUCUUACUCUGUUACAUCUCAUUAAUCAAAGAUAGUAUGGAGGCACAUUCUUAUAACUCCAGCACUAGACAGCUGGGGGCAGGAGGAUCGUGAGCAUCAUCCUAGGCAAUGCAGCAACAACUCUGACAGUCAUAUGCAUGAGCACCAAUGGGAUGGAAGCAUUGAGACCUCAUAAGUCCAUCAGAGUCCUAACAUUGAAAGGUAGAUGAUAAGCCGGGCGGUGGCAGUGCACGCCUUUAAUCCCAGCACUUGGGAGGCAGAGGCAGGCGGAUUUCUGAGUUCGAGGCCAGCCUGGUCUACAGAGUGAGUUCCAGGACAGCCAGGGCUACACAGAGAAAUCCUGUCUCAAGAAAAAGAAAGAAAGGAAGGAAGGAAGGUGUUUGUUGAGAAUGGAGAACAUCUGAAUGCAAGCUACUAGUAUGGCCAUUUCAGAAAACUGGCUCUAUCUACUGAAAUGAAACACACUGAUGGUACCUGGAUUUCCACACCUAGUUACUUAUCGAUAAUGUAUACUGAUGCUCUCUGGGACACAUUUGUAAUGUUUUCUGAUAUGUGUGACCACCCAAACUGGAACUAACCCAAAUGUCCAUCAGCAGUGAGAUGUACUUCAUUUGUGAAUGGACGAAUGAGACAGCCACACAGUGUGAUAUGGAUUAACAUUAAUAAAAUAAUUAAUAAAACAUAGAUGCAAAGGAAGAUUGAAGAACAUGCCUGCUGUGAUUCAACAUAUACCCAGCUCACAAACAAGUGAAACUACAAUUGAACCUAGGAGAGGCUGGAGACAGGUCCGUGGUAGAAGGGUACUCACCUUGUCCGGGUUCAAUCCCAGCAACACACACACACACAAAGAAGUGGGCCAUGGUGGCUCAUGCUUAUAUCUCAGCACUUAAACUGAAGCAGGAGGAUUGCUGUGAAUGAAAUAGGGCAACCCCAUAUUUCUGGGCUACUAUAUGAAAUCCUAUAUCAAAAAAGGGGCAAGGUGGGGGUUCUUGCUACCAUUUGGGGGAUAAACAACUGAAAACAGAGAUGUUCUAGGCAUCUAGAUUGGAGGGGAGAUCUGGAUAGCAGACACAAGAGUAUAUAUUCAUAUUGUGAAAAUUCAAAAAAAACUACUUUUUAAAAGAUACGAUCUUACUAUGUAUCCCUGGCUGUCCUCAAAGUCAUAGAUGUCCUCCUGUCCUCUGCCUUUUGAAUACUAGGAUUAAAGACAUGUACCACCACA